UUACUGCUGUGUGAUAGACGGACAGAUUUAAUGAAUUAUAGCAAAUAAAAACUCGUGAUGGCAAUUUUAACUCAAGUCAUUUGUUCUGUGAUCGUAUGCCUCCCUUGCCUAAACUUGGGAGUGAUGUGGGUGUUACCAUCAUCAACUGUGGCCAACUUCUCUUCCAACUUUACCUUAUUGCACCGGCCGAUGACAGAGCUUGAAGUGGGACUGUUUGGUAGCCUGUCCUCUGCUGGGGCCAUGGUGGGCACUCCUAUAACCGCGGCACUCUUGGACAGGACAGGUAGGAAGGUCUCCACGGUCCUCGCUGGUCUCACUUGUGUGAUCUCCUGGGCCAUCUUAGCUAUAAGCAGCAGCGUUGAGAUAGUCCUCAUAGCCAUCUUCAUUGGAGGAUUGAGUGGUGCCUCCUUUCUCAUCGUACCGGUCUACUGCGGGGAGUUCUGCCAAGAGUCCAUCAGGGGAACCAUGACUGCUGGCUCCAUGGUCUUCUGUGGUGUGGGAAUGCUGAUCUCGUAUAUUUUGGGGGAUUUCUGCAGCUAUAUGAACAUGGUGUACAUAUCCCUGGCCUUGUCUGUAGCGAGUAUGGUCGUAACGGUUUUGCUGAAGGAGUCUCCAACUUUGCUGAUGAAAAAAGGACUUACGGAGAAAGCUGCCGAGUCAAUUUCGUUCUACAGACAAGUGAAUCUUAAUUCCAAAUUGGUGGCCGACGAAAUGAGGAGUAUAGAAAAAAGUCUGGACCCUUUGGAGUCGGGUCAACCAGAAGAAGAAAAUAUGUUGUUCCCAAAUGAAGUCAAAACUACAAUCAAUGAUAUUAAACUAAAACCAUCGGAACCGAAGAAGCUUUCACUGUGGCAGUUCUAUAAAAGAUCUCAGCCAACCCGCCGUGGGUUCUACAUAGCGCUCAUGACGAUGGCGCUGACCAUUUUCCAAGGGAUCAUCGUGGUUCAGGUGUACCUUGAACCCCUAUUCCGUCGAGCAGUGCCGAAUCUGUCGUCCACCGUCUGCUGUUUACUGUUCGCUGUGACUAUAGUCGUGGCCAGUUUUGCAGCGGCGUUUAUGAGUGACUUAGCUGGAAGAAGGCCACUCAUCAUAUACUCGUCCAUCGGUGGAACGAUCUGCUGCGUGCUCCUCGGUAGCCAGCUCCAGCUGGACUGGGGCCCGGGCUGGCUGACCGCGCUGGUGCUGUAUGUCUUCUGCGCCGUCUACAGCUUCGGCGGCGGCACUGUGCCUUUCGUGCUGAUCGCGGAGGUGUUUUUGCCUGAGGUCAAAAGCUUCAUGACGAUGCUAGUUGUCGAGUGGUUUUGGCUCUGUUCCUUCUUAAGCCUGAUCAUCUUCAACCCUCUCAUGAUAUUCCUGGGCCUUGGAGGAGUAUUCUACUUGUUCGCUGCAGUCUGCGUGGUCACUGCAGUAAUGUCGGCGAUGUAUGUGCCGGAGACGAAGGGACUGACGCUGGAAGCUGUGCAGCUGAUGUUGGCUGAGAGGAGGAACUUAUAAGAAUAAGAAUAAGAAAAGAAUAAGAAAAGAGUAAGAAGAGAAUAAUAAAAGAACAAGAAAAGAAUAACAAUGAGGCGAACAAAACAAGAGUAAACAUCUUAAAAAUAUGCUGUAGAUUCGCCCGCUCAGCAAAAAUGGCGCAUGAUGGCGCGCGUUUUGAUUUAAUAUAAAUCAACUGUAGAUUCUACAGAAUAAUGCGUUAUAUUCUGGGUCCUGCCCUAUAGUAUAAGCUUAAAUAACUAAUUUAAAUAGUAAACUAUGAGCCAGACUGACUCACGCUUGGCUGUUUUUAAGUAACAUAAGUUAAAAAUAUUAA